UACAGAAGUUUGCCGUUUGAUAAAUGUCUAUCGUAUUUUAUAUAUCUAUACCAUAAUUUGCCAAAUUAAAGAGAUUUCAUUUUAGAAUUGUAUAAAUAUACAAUCUUUGUAUAUCGCUUAUGGGAAUCGUACAAUAAGUAACGAGACAAAGACUGCUACCUUCUAACGCAUUUAAUGAAUUCUUCAAUUUAUUUACAUUCAGUUUAUCGCUACAAUAUAAUACACUAUUUUAUUAUCAAUUAUUAUUAUUAGAAAUUUGUAAUAAAUUAUCAUUACAGACUACUGGUAAAAUUUUUUAAGAGUGGAAGUGGAGGGCACAACAAAGCUGACAUGCAUAUUUUCUUUAAUAAAAGUAGUAAUAGAACGACAUAUUAUGGUUGUGCUUUAAGAAACCUCAUAUCGAGAUUUCUCGGCUACUUUAUUACAUUUGCUUCAUACCGAUACUUAUUCGUGGUCACCGCGAUAAGCAAUUUAUGUUUACAAUCUCGUUACUGGCCCGUACAAAACAAUGAGUCUGAACUAAAACUUAAAUAUUUGGUGUUUCAUACGGUUCCUAAAAACACGUCGCACAUUGAGAUGUAUUCAUCAAAUUCAGAAAAACAUAUAUAUUUAUUGUACUUAUAUACUUGUAAUAUUUAUAUUUUACGAUUUAUAACAAUGUAAUAAAACUGUACAAAAACAUAUCUGUAAUGACUACGAGGUCGAAUGAUUCAAGCACGAACGACUCCUUCCUAAAAGAAAGCCUUGUUCUCUUCCUUUAUGCAUGCACAUCAACGUACGACUGACGUAAUUAUGACUCAGAAAAAUUUAAGUAUAACGUCGACAAAAACGAUACUUUCGCACGACCAUUGACAGGACGUGGAUCUGCACGUAGCCUAUGUACAUAUACGAGAAACGUUUCGAUGAAGUUGCACGAACGGAGAGAACAGGAUACUGCGGUAGUCUGACACAUAACGACAAUUCAAUUACAUUAUGCGUGCGACUAAAUAUGCGUGAAUAAACAAAGAACAUUUUUUUUCUGCAUAGCUCCUUUUUUUUGCGAUGCACAAUCGUACAUUUAAUAUUUUUUUUUCUUUUUCCCGUGUCCCGACCGUACAUCUGGCUCGGCUACGCGUUUUGGCGAGGCGCGUGCCAGAAAUAGACGUCGGAUGCGACGCAGGGGGUGCAACGACAUUUAAACGAGUUCUUCAUCAACCGAGAAAGCACCCUCAGUUUGUUGGAAACUGUCGCUCGCGAACGCGGUUCUCCUUUCCCCGCUUGUCAAUUCGUUCGUCGGUCAACCAUCGGCAAUCUCAGUUUUGAUCCUCGGUCUCUCGUUCCAAUGCGAAUUAAUCGUCGUUUAACCAAUUAGGCCGAUCGCAUCAAGAGUCUGAGUGUACGCGGAGACAGCUUAAUGAGCCUAUCAAUCACGUGUCCUAACGUUUGUACUGGGAAGAGUUCUUUCAAACCGUGCAAACGAACUCUCUGCGCACGGUCGCGUUGCUUGUUGAUUGCAAUCAACUAACUAAAGUCGCAUUAUGGGUAGAAACGGAACAGGACCGGUGAUCAGGAUGUCUUCCGCAGGUACGCACUCCGCCGGAGGCGUCGGAUGUUGUUUCUGCAGGUGCUGCACGUGCAUACAUGUGGAAUUCCUGAAAACCAUGCCUGGUAUCUUGAAACUAUGCGAAACGAUUAUCAGUGGAUUGAUACAGAGUUUGUUAAUUAAUUAUGGCUUGAGAUACAGUACCACGAUUGGAUCAGCUUUCGAAGGGUCUCUGACCACGUCUUCCGCUUGCUUUUUAACGUCGGGGGUGUUACUCGCCUGUUACGUUGUGUCCGAAAAAUCGUACAGAUUAAUUAGAUCUUCACUCUUUGAAAUAAUGUUCAACGCUCUCGCUUCCUUUUUGUAUUUAAGUUCAGCUUCCUAUUUGGCAUUUUCGACUAAGAUAUUUCUUCUACCAGAAUAUUACAUCAGGCCCGGGUUCGAUGUUUAUCCUGCAAUGACAGCCGCAUACAUGAUGAGCGGCUUCGUAGGAGUGAUACACGCAGCUGACACGUAUUUUUCUUACACGCACUAUAAGACCGGAAGAUGAAUUCUACAAGGUGAAGGGGAGCACAAUUCGGGAGAAGCGGAAGUGAAGUUAUUUAUAAGUGCCUUUAAUCUUCAGUAUGUAUACAUGUACAUAAUAUAGCAUUCCAAACUUUGAUAUAUUUAACGAAAACGUUUAUU